AUCAGCCCAGUGAGUCCUGGUGAAGGCAACUGACGGAGAGAGAGUGAGCGAGCAACAGCGAGCAAGGUUUGGACUGUUACAUCCAGCCGCCUGCGUCUCACUGGAAUAAUCUAAAACCAUCAGUGAACAAAUGGUUUGAAACGAAAAAAAACCAAACCCUCUUAGAAGAUUGUGGUGGGACUGGAAUCUAUCCUUGGUACAUCUGCACAAAGGUUAACACAGAGAUCCAGACAACCAUGCAUGCUCACAUUCACACACAAGGCCAAUUUAGAAUCAUCACUUAACCUAACAGGGUUUUUUCUUUGUUUUUUUUUUGAGGAAAACCCACGCAGACAUGGAGCGAACAUGCAAAAUCCACACAGAAAAGCCUGGAUUCAGUCCCAGGCCCUUCUUGCUGUGGGUUGGAAGUCUGUCUCUUUGCCCGUGUUUGGGAUGAAGCACCUGUGGGACAUUCACUUCCUCCUGCUCAUCCUUGUCUAUUUGUUAGGAGGCGUCACAUCACAGGUCAACCCAGGUGUGUGCCGGUAUCCUCUGGGGAUGUCAGGAGGACAGAUACAGGAUGAGGACAUUUCUGCUUCUAGUCAGUGGUCUGAAUCCACAGCUGCAAGAUACGGCAGGUUGGACUUUGAGGAGGGUGAUGGCGCGUGGUGUCCGGAGAAAACAGUGGAGCCAGACAACCUGAAGGAGUUCCUCCAGAUUGACCUGCGCUCCCUCCACUUUAUCACGCUCGUGGGCACCCAAGGUCGUCAUGCAGGAGGCAUGGGUAAUGAGUUCGCUCAGAUGUACAAGAUCAAGUACAGUCGUGAUGGCAGUCGCUGGAUCUCGUGGAGAAACAGACAGGGCAAGCAGGUGAUUGAGGGAAACAGAAACGCCUAUGACAUUGUCCUCAAGGACCUCGAACCGCCCAUUAUUGCUCGCUAUGUCCGCUUCAUGCCCGUCACAGACCACUCCAUGAAUGUCUGCAUGCGAGUGGAGCUCUAUGGCUGUGAAUGGCUGGACGGCCUUGUUUCAUACAACGCUCCAGUGGGAGAACAGAUGAAUUUGCCCGCUUAUCCUGUUUAUCUCAAUGACUCUGUGUAUGAUGGAGCGAUCACCUACAGUAUGACAGAAGGCUUGGGCCAGCUGACUGAUGGAGUGUGUGGCCUGGACGAUUUUACAGUAAGUCAUGAACGCAAUGGAUGGCCAGGAUAUGACUACGUGGGCUGGAACAAUGAGAGCUUCCCGAGUGGAUUUGUAGAAAUAAUGUUUGAGUUUGACCGCAUACGAAACUUUACCACGAUGAAGGUUCACUGCAACAACAUGUUCUCGAGGUGCAUCAAGGCCUUCCGUCAGGUGGUUUGUUACUUCCGCUCUGACUCCGACUGGGAGGCCACGCCGCUCUCCUUCAGCCCAGCUGGGGAUGAGAAGAAUCCGACUGCCCGCUUCGUCAUCGUCAACCUGGCUAAUCACAUGGCCAGUGCCAUCAAGUGCCAGUUCUAUUUUGCUGAUGCUUGGAUGCUGUUCAGCGAGAUCACCUUCCAGUCAGACACAGCCAUGUACAACACAACGCUGGCUCCACCCGAGCAAACACCUAACACACCACCAGAAGAUGACCCCACACACAAAAUAGAUGACAGCAACACCCGCAUUCUGAUUGGCUGUUUAGUGGCCAUCAUCUUUAUCCUUGUAGCCAUUAUUGUGAUUAUGCUGUGGAGGCAGGUGUGGCAGAAGAUGCUGGAGAAGGCCUCUCGUCAGAUGCUGGAUGACGAACUAACUACUAGUCUGUCAAUACAGAGUGAAACACUGGGCUACCACACCCACAACCAGUCGAAUACAACCAAUGCACAGGAGUCUAAUUCCACCUAUGAGCACAUCUUUCCUCUCGGUCCAGACUACCAGGAACCUUCGCGCCUCAUAAGUAAGCUGCCGGAGUUUUCACAGAGAACAGAAGAGCCCAGUUCGACCGGCACUUCUGCUUCUAAAUCCACUGCCUCUUUUGCAGUCCAAGACGGCGUCCCUCACUACGCAGAGGCAGAUGUUGUAAACCUACAAGGUGUAACUGGAAGCAACACCUAUGCCAUCCCUGCAGUAACUAUGGACCUGUUGUCAGGGAAGGAUGUUGCUGUGGAGGAGUUCCCACGAAAACUGCUCACAUUUAAAGAGAAGCUUGGAGAAGGCCAGUUUGGAGAGGUGCACCUGUGUGAGGCAGAAGGAAUGCAGGAGUUUAUGAAUAAAGAGUUUUUGUUUGACAUCACAGAAGACGAGCCCGUCUUGGUGGCUGUGAAGAUGCUCCGUUCAGAUGCCAAUAAAAAUGCCAGGAAUGACUUCCUUAAAGAAAUAAAGAUCAUGUCACGUUUGAAGGAUCCCAACAUCAUUCGCCUCCUAGCUGUGUGCAUCCACAGCGACCCUUUCUGCAUGAUCACAGAGUACAUGGAGAACGGAGAUCUCAACCAGUUCUUGUCCCGCCACGAACCAGAGGGACAUCUUGCUCUGCUUAGCAAUGCACCUACUGUGAGCUUCACUAAUCUCUGCUACAUGGCCACUCAGAUAGCCUCGGGGAUGAAGUAUCUAUCCUCACUUAACUUUGUUCAUCGAGACUUGGCCACACGAAACUGUCUGGUGGGCAAAAAGUAUACAAUAAAGAUAGCUGACUUUGGCAUGAGCAGAAACCUGUACAGUGGGGACUACUAUCGCAUCCAGGGCCGGGCAGUGCUGCCUAUACGCUGGAUGUCAUGGGAAAGCAUCCUGCUGGGGAAGUUCACCACAGCCAGCGACGUAUGGGCCUUCGGGGUGACCCUGUGGGAGAUACUAAACUUCUGCAAGGAACAGCCUUACUCUCAGCUCACUGAUGAGCAGGUGAUAGAAAACACGGGAGAGUUUUUCAGGGACCAGAAACGACAGAUCUACCUGCCUCAACCUGUGCUGUGCCCGGACUCGCUCUACAAGAUCAUGCUGAGCUGCUGGAGGAGGAACGCAAAAGAACGGCCCUCCUUCCUGGAGAUACACAGGGCCAUCUUGGAAAUACAAUCUUAAGCCAGCGCAGUGUUAAAGACAGUGAUUCCCAGUCUGCUCAUCUCUGGAAGUAAAUGAAAAUAUGACAAUAACAGCAGACAUUAUCCAGGUUUAAGCUUGUCUCUGUAGAGAAACAGGGUUGGGGGCACUAUGUACUACCCAAAAGAGUGAGUGUGUGUCAGUUAUUAGCAAAAAUAAGUUGGCUAAGAUGAUUUAUAGGCAUACAAAUAUUCCUCAAAAAACCAGUGCUGUUUUAUACUACGCUAUUCUUCAAACAUGCUUAAGAACAUGACCUAAGGCUCUGACUCAUGUCGAUGAAGCCUAAUUUAAUGUAGCAAGUGACAUUUGGCACUUUUGAAAAUAUAUUUUAAUUGCAUUUGUUAAUGUUGGUUUAAAUUUCCUAUGUUACAGCAAUUUUCAUAUUGACAACAAAACUAAUGCAACUGAACUCUCUAGUGUUUUCUCUUGGAAGACUGCUUGAAUGUAGAGGAGGAAAGUCCAGAAAAACCAUCACUGUUACAGUUCAGCUUAUCUCACAUAUCUAAUCGCCACACAUUUAGAUUGACAAGAAUAACAAGGAAAUACCAUCUUUUACACCUCCUUGACGUGGUUUCAACAUAAAAUGUAUAUGACUCUGUAUUUUCAACAGAUAAUUCUAAAUCUCAAAUAUCAAUAUUUUGUAUUAGUAUUUAUAUGUUAAUAUGUGUUUGUUCCGUUGGUUCUGUUUGUGCAUUAAUAUACUCUUUAUUUAGAGUAUUGUAUUUGAUUCAAUGCGAUAAUUCUCUAGGUUACAUUUUGGAUUUCUACGUUAUCUUUUAUCCUGCUGCAAACUGUUGAGUUGAUCAUACACUAAGCUCUAUACCAGGGGUGGGCAAUCUCAGUCCACGAGGGCUGGUGUCCCUGCAGGUUUUAGAUCUCACCUCGGGGUCAACACACCUGAAUCACAUGAUU